CUCCGGAACACACACAAUCGCUGCUAAAGGUUUAGUUUGGGACAGCGAGACGCUGAAUUUCACAGUGACAGAAUAGACAUUUUUCUGAAGUUUCACGAUGUCGGACGAUAGAGCAGAGCGGUCAGAUGGAAAAAUUGUUAAAAUGGAGGUUGAUUACAGUUCCACUGUAGAUCAACGGAUACCGGAGUGCGAAAAAAUGGCUAAAGAAGGACGUCUUCAGGAAGCCGUUGAAAGUCUGCUGUCUUUAGAAAAACAAACCAGAACGGCCUCUGAUAUGGUUUCGACGUCUAGGAUUUUGGUGGCUAUAGUGCAGAUGUGCCAUGAGGCAAAAGACUGGGAUGCACUGAAUGAAAACGUUAUGCUACUGUCAAAGAGGAGGAGUCAGCUGAAACAGGCUGUGGCAAAGAUGGUGCAAGAGUGCUGCAAGUAUGUUGAUACUUUGACCGACCUUACCAUCAAACUAAGGCUUAUUGAUACCCUGCGGACAGUCACUGCUGGAAAGAUCUAUGUGGAAAUCGAGCGUGCCAGGUUAACCAAGACCUUGGGUACCAUAAAGGAACAGAAUGGAGAGGUGAAAGAGGCUGCUGCCAUCCUUCAGGAACUGCAGGUGGAGACAUAUGGCUCCAUGGAGAAGAAGGAGAAGGUGGAGUUCAUUCUGGAGCAGAUGAGGCUGUGCAUCGCCGUGAAGGACUACAUCCGCACCCAAAUUAUCAGCAAGAAAAUCAACACCAAGUUCUUCCAGGAGGAGGGCACAGAGGAGUCAAAGCUGAAGUACUACAACCUGAUGAUCCAAGUGGACCAGCAUGAGGGAUCCUACCUGUCCAUCUGCAAACACUACCGUGCCAUCUACGACACUCCCUGCAUCCUGGAGGACAGCACCAAAUGGCACCAGGCCCUGAAGAGUGUGGUGCUUUAUGUGAUCCUGGCGCCUUACGACAACGAGCAGUCUGAUCUGGUCCACAGAAUCAACACUGACAAAAAGCUGGAGGAGAUUCCCAAAUACAAGGAGCUCCUGAAGCAGUUCACCACGAUGGAGCUGAUGCGCUGGGCCUCCGUGGUGGAGGAUUAUGGGAAGGAGCUGAGGGAGGGCUCCCCGGACAGCCCCGCCACCGACGUCUUCGAUAACUCCGAGGAGGGCGAGAAAAGAUGGGGCGACCUGAAGAACCGAGUGGUGGAGCACAACAUCCGAAUUAUGGCCAAGUAUUACACAAGGAUUACCAUGAAGAGGAUGGCAGGACUGCUGGACCUCUCCAUUGAUGAAUCAGAGGAGUUUCUGUCCACUCUGGUGGUUAACAAGACCAUCUACGCUAAAGUGGAUCGUCUUGCUGGCAUCAUCAACUUCCAGAGGCCCAAGGACCCCAACGACCUCCUGAACGACUGGUCCCACAAACUGAACUCCCUCAUGGCCCUAGUCAACAAGACGACUCACCUCAUAGCCAAAGAGGAGAUGAUCCACAAUCUGCAGUAAUCCACUCUGAAGGCUAAAUGGUACCCGGAGACACGAGAUGGAAAAAAAACAAAAAGCAAAAUCCCUUUUGCCUUUGGAAAAACGUCUACAUUUUUUUGGACUGUGAACAUCACCACCACCUAAUAUAGUAUGAGGGUGGCCCACUCUAGAUUGAUCAAUUGUCAGUUCUGCAGUAAAAUGUUUGUUACCCUUUUGGUUUGGAAAAAAAAUGUUCAAUGUGGCCUGCAGUCGAUGUCUAAGGCAGUCUCUAGUUUGUCUGCAUUAUUAAAGGUAUGUGGUCCAUUUCUAAACGUUUGCAGUAGUUCCAUCUUCUUCCUCCUCUGACGAGGGACAAAGUCUCAGUUGAAGAACAUCUCCGCUGCAGGCUGUUUUAAAACAUUGCUGUAAGCUGCUUAUGCUUUUUGAUGUAUAACCUUUGCAAUACAAAAUAUAAAAUUGUAACAGUGA